AUGGACAUCCGCCUGACGUACAACUUCACGUUCUCGGCUUGCUCCGCCAUCACGGCCAACGUCACGUACACCGACCCGCAGGGAGGUCUCUACUGCAGCCUUACCCAGUGCACAUACCAAGUACAGACACGGGUCAGCAAUACUGAGGAGACCAAGGUCGGUUCGAAACUCAGCAUCAGUGCAGGAAGUUCAGUAGAAGGUGGGCUCUUCAGUUGCAGCGUCAACGCCGAAAAAUCCGAGGAAUGGACCAGCAGCACCACCAACGAGAGUACCAUCACGUACACCUGGACGCUCGACCCGGGCCAAUCCAGCCAGGUGACCACGGUGCAGUUUUUCACCACUUGCACUUACACCAUGAACAUGCAAGAUUUUAACCUCUAUCCGAGCGACGGCUCAGACGCCGGUAUGAUCGACGAAAAUUCUCUCUGUAGCAACAUCGUUGAACUCUCUGAUCGGUUAACGCUCGGCCAGUCUGGCUGGAGCGAAGACGAUUUGACCGCAUAUGGGAAGUUCAAAGAUGACGCUUGCCGUUCAGCGUCAAGCCCGACACAGCUAAUCCUGCAAAUCCACGAUGAAACGGGCAAACCGAAAUCGGUUACGGGAUGCAACACUGCUGUUUGA